GUGAAAGUGUCGCUGUGAACGUAUCAUGUCAUGAUUGAAACGUCAAAAAAUGAUUGUAAAAUCGUAUGAUAUUCCUUAUUUUUUGAUAACUAGACAACGCUGUAACUUAUUUCAAAGGCGAUACAUUUGACUUUACUUAUAACUCGCAUUUAAGCGUAUGAUUUGGAAUAAAAAUGGAAAAUAUAGCUUCGCCAGUGAGCGAGGUUUUUAUAAAUAACGAUGCAAUUGAAUGGCAACCUCUUGCUCUAACUUUAGUCGAAUAUCCAAAAGGUGAUCUCUUUGGUAAAUUUCUUGCUCUUAUGAGUCUAGCCCCCUUUGGAAUAGGCGCCGGAUUUGUAACUUUAAUACUAUUCAGAAGAGAUCUUCAUACUAUAGCUUUUUUUUUUGGUACACUAGUCAAUGAAUUAUUAAAUAUAAUAUUAAAGCAUUUGAUAUGUGAAGCACGGCCACUCAGCAGGGGACACUUGUAUAAUGAAUAUGGAAUGCCAUCAUCGCAUGCUCAAUUUAUUUGGUUUUUUACCAUUUAUGUGCUAUAUUUCUUUGCUAUAAGAUUGCAUCAUAUAAAUAAUAACAGCAUUAUAUCUGCCUUAUGGAGAAUCAUAAUUGUGGGUAGCUGCUUUAUAAUGGCUUUAAUUGUAAGCUUUGGAAGAGUUUAUCUCCACUAUCACACAACAGCACAAGUCGUUGUUGGUGGUGUUGUUGGAUUGAUUUUUGCCACAAUAUGGUUUACAGUGGUGCAUAGAGUACUGACUCCAUUGUUUCCACAGCUUGUUACUCUAAAGCUUUGUGAAAUGCUUAUGAUAAGAGAUACAACUUUAAUACCAAAUGUGUUGUGGUUUGAAUAUACUACAACAAGACAAGAAGCUCGAGCACGAGGCCGCAAGAUGGCUGCCUUAAAACCUAUCCAAUGACGGUGCGCCUGCGCGCGCGCUCCCGACAUCUGCUUGAGGCUACGCGCGUGACGUUUCAUUGCCGCCGGAGCCAUAGCAAUUCUUGGCGGCUUUAUUAUAUCUAAAUCAGAACCUCGUUCGAUACUAUCAUAUUGACAUCUAAUUAUGACAUAUAUAUUCACAGGACUUGUUCAUAAUAGUAAGUUAUCAAUCUGUCUUCUUUGUUUUCACCUCUAUAAUUGUAUGUUAAAUCUUUUUGUUUUAAUAAACAAUUUAAUUUUUUAGCUAGUAGAAUAUGUUUGUUUUAGAUCACUAUUAGCAAAUUAUAAAAUUGUUUCAAUUAAUUUUACAUAGUUUAUCCAAAGUGCAAUUUAAAACUGACUACCUUAAUCAUAAGAUAAGUGUUAGAUUUAUCUUUUACUUUGUUGAUUAUUGUCACAUUUGAGACUAAAUCCCAGUCCAUGUCUUUGUAAGAAUUAGUCAUGAAUGUCUCAUAGGUUAAGCCUUAAUUAUAAUUAAAAUAAUUAGUGACUGUGCCUAAUAAAAUAGUAAUAAAAAAAUUAUUUCAUACUAUAAGUAGACAGUAGUUCUAGAAAAUGUUCUAGGACA